CCGAAAUCCGCCAUUUUCGUUCGGCGUGGUGGUGCUUUGGGUCCGUUUGUGGUGUAGUGUGAAAAGUGUGUAUUUCAUACUCAUGUGUAGUUGAACAUUGCGAUAGGAGCCCCCACUGGACCUUCCCUCACACAAUGAUGCCACCUACGGACGCGGCGCCGCAGACCAAGGUGUUUGUCGGUCGGCUGUCGUCGGCCACCAAGUCCCUCGACCUGCGCAAACUGUUCGAGCGCUAUGGCGAGGUCACAGAGUGUGACGUACUGGGCACCUACGGCUUCGUGCACAUGAAGUCGGUGGACCAGGCCGAGACGGCCAUCCAGAAACUGAACGGCACAGACCUGCACGGAUCGCGCAUCAGCGUCGAGCCCUCCACCGGCCAGCGGGGCCGCGGCGGCGGCCGCGGCCGUGGCGGCGGACCGAUGCGCGGCCGCGGAAUGGGCGGCUUCCGCGGCCGCGGCUCGGACCGGUUCGAGCCAUACGGCCGCUCCUACCCGCCGGCUUCGGACGGCUAUGGCGGUGGCGGCUACGGAGGUGGGUAUGGCGGCGGCGGCGGCGGUGGUGGCGGCGGCGGCUACGGUGAUGGCUACAACGCCGGCUACAACGGCUACGGUGGCGGCGGCGGCGGUGCGGGCGGUGGCGGCUACGGGAACGGGUACGCCAUGGACCGCCGGCCGCCGCCAGUGCGCACAGCCGUCGGCGGCUACUACGACGAUUACGAGCGGCGCGACCCGUACGCCCGCUCACCGGCGCCGGCGCCCGCUCCGGCGCCGCGGCCAGCGCCCUACGACGGCUACGACCGGCGGCCGCCGCCGCGCGACCCGUACGCCGGCGCCGGCUACGACGCGCGCGGCGCGCCCGGCGGCUACGAGCGCCGCGACGACUACGGCGACGCUUACGGCCGGCGCUCUCCGCCGCGCUACCAGGCCGAGCCGGCGCCCAGCCGCGGCUACGACGGCUACGACCGGUACGCGGCGGCGCCGGCGCCGCGCGGAGCCAGCCCUCCCAGACGGAGCCUGCACUACCUGACGUGAUCGGCCGACUGCCGACGAUAACGGCCGCCCACGCCGCGUCGGGCGGCCACGCUGUGACUGAUACUCGGGGAGGGAGCCGCGGCAGCCGCCGGAGACGCCGCGGCCACACGUCGCCGCAAUCUGCCCGCCCACCAUCCCGGCCCACUAAUGUGUGUUUGUGCAUCCCGCGACUGAAAUCGAUGUUCAUCGUCAUUUGGGUGUGGUUUUUACUUUUUAGUGCGCGUGACGAUCGGUGUGCGCCGUGAAUUCGGGUCCCGGCAAUACAAAGUGUCGCCUGCCGGUGGCCGUAAGCGGGGGUCGGUCGCUGAGGGGGGGGGAUGUGAGAUGUGUGAGAUGUGUGUAAGAGUCUUUGUAUGUGUGUGAGAGCUGUGCCGGCGUAGCUGUGUGGCCGGCCAACCAUUCCCAUCGGCCGGGCGCGCGCUGUUCGUUCUGUCUGCGGCGCUGGCACUCGGCGGGCUCCGGCGCCGCCCCAAAUACAGAGCCCAUUCAUCGCUGUUG